GGGAUAAUUGAGGAGAUGAAAAAUGAAUAUUUUAUGGCCAUGAAGAAAUCUGUGAUUAACUACGUACUUCAUGAUUCCUUGCCUGAUUCAUUGACUGAAGAAAAAUCCAAUUGGGCAUCCAAAUCCUCCAGAAUCCAGACCAAUUGUGAGCAUCAUUUUGCUGAAAAUCGUGCAAAACUCAUGAAAUCCCUAUUUACCGUGAAUCCAUGCAUGUCCCAAAUAUUAGAGCUCUGGCACACAAACUUUCAGAAGCUUUCCUUUGUCGACUUAGACAAAUUGAUGGCACACGACAAACCCUAUGAUUUACUCGAGUUUACGGCGACAGUUUUGCGACAAAUUGAUGAAACUAAGAAUAUUCUCAAGAAUGAUUGGUACAAUCUAAUCAAAGGGAUCAUCGUAAGAGGUGUUAAGAAGAAUAUAGUUCCCAAGUUCGAUAAAAAGCGUCUAACUAGAAAAUUCUUCAAUGCUACAGCCACAAUAAUGGAGCAAAAUCUUCAAGAUGUCUGUGUCAAUAGCCUCAACAUUUAUUGCCACUAUAUUUGUGACCUAAAUGUUUCUAACAAGAGGUUCAAUUUGACCAUCUUGCUAGAGGAAGAAGAUACUCUGGUCUUCAAUCCUAGUUUUUUCAAGAUCGAAGCUGAAAUUCUGAGAGUUAUUGACUACAUUAUAAAGACAGUAAAGGCAUUCCCAAGGAUUGAAAGCCUCUUCGAUCUUCCGGAUUUCUCAUCAAACCCCUGUCUUCAACCAAUUAUUUCUGAGGCUGCUUUAGAUGACUGUCGCAGUAAGAUUCUCAGAGUGUUGGAGGAUCAGCGGAUAGGUCCAGAAUUGCGAAUGCAGGAUUUUGACGAGUACAUCACAUUGAUGAAUGGACUGGCCUCAGAGCAGAUUGAACAAUUUAUUGGACGAAAGCCAAAAUUUGAGGAAUACUGCGAGCAAAUUCUACAUUUCAAAGAAAUCGAAGGCUCCAUUACCCGAAACAUAAGUGGUGUCAUAAUUCUGGGACUUUAUGAAUUCCAUCGGGAGGGACUCAUUGAAACCCUCGAAAGAUUGGCCAGAUUCAUGCAGAAUGAACUUAUCACAAAUCUCACAGCACAGCAGCAAACAGAGAUUUCGAAUUUUGCCAAAGAGUACGAAAGUAUUUCGAUUAAAGCCAGAAAAAUUCCCAAAGAUACACGAGAAUUGAUGGAACUGAAAAAAUAUGUCCAAGAAACAGAAGAGAAUAAAAUUCCAGAGAUGGAACAGAAACUCAGGCAGAAUAUGAAGGAACUUCUUUGGCUUUUUGAUCAUACAAUUUUUACACCGCUUGAAAUCAAGCAAAACAGCUUGACAUUCCAAUGGUAUCUCAAGAUGCCUAGUGUCUUCAAAGAACAUAAGCAAAUAAUUACUGAGAAGACUUUGGAGUAUCAAGAGAGCCUUCGACGGAGAAUUGAGACUUUCAGAAGAGAUUUAGAGGUCUACUGGGAACAGGUUCAAGACUAUGAGAAUUGGGGGGAUAUUAAACAUCUGGCUAAGUACAAGAGAAAGGCAACUCUUCUGGACAAUAAAUUGAUAAAUGCUCAAGAAAAGAUUAAUCAGAUCAACGAAGAGGAAAGAUCGUACAUGUGGGAAGAAUCUGAGUUUCCACUGAGAAAUGCUACAUACGAGAAAUUGGUACCGCAUAAGAACUUGUUCGAUGCUGGUCAAGACUUUAUGGACAAGUACGAGGUUUGGAUGCAUACACAAGUAGGAACAUUUGAACCAUCUGAUAUAGAUAGCGAUGUGGCUGUAAUCUACAAGACUAUCAUUAUGCUAGAAAAACUAUUUGUAGAUAGUCCUAACACCCAGAAAUUGACCCUUGAUAUCAAAGAUGUUGUAGAUGAGUUCAAGACUCACAUGCCCAUUGUGAGAACACUGGGAAAUUCUGGCAUGAAAGAGAGGCAUUGGGAACAAGUAUCGGAAAUUAUAGGAUUUCCCAUUAAGAUCUCCCCUGAUUUAACUCUCGAGAGAAUUAUAGAAUAUGGCCUAGAUGACUACAUCUCCAAGUUCCAAGUGAUCUCCGAAAGUGCAACGAAGGAGAAUAACUUAGAGAAGGCAAUGACGAAAAUGGUAGAUGAAUGGACAGAUAUGGCAUUCACAAUCAAUCCAUACAGAGAUUCAGGAACUUUCAUUCUCCUAGCCAUUGAUGACAUUCAAAUUCUACUAGACGAUCACAUUAUAAAAACUCAAACCAUGAAGAAUUCUCCCUACAUUAAACCCUUCGCCAAGGAAAUCUUGGCCUGGGAAACCACUCUGGUUCUUCUUCAAGAUAUUCUCGAUAGUUGGCUCAAAGUCCAGAGCAAUUGGAUGUACCUAGAACCCAUAUUUUCCAGUCCGGACAUCCAACAACACAUGCCAGAAGAAGGCAGACGAUUCAGUGCUGUUGACAAGAUUUGGAAGGAUCUCAUGAAACAGGUUGCUAUUGAUACUAAAGUAAUGGCCGUUGUAGAAAUUGAGAAAAUGUCAGACAGGCUCAAAAAGGCUUUCAAUCUCCUAGAAGUCAUUCAGAAAGGACUCAACGCUUACCUCGAAAAGAAGAGGCUUCACUUUCCACGAUUUUUCUUCCUCUCCAAUGAAGAAUUGCUGGAGAUUCUGUCAGAGACAAAAGAUCCAACUAUGGUUCAGAAUCACUUGAAGAAAUGCUUCGAAGGCAUAGCAUCAUUAACAUUCACCGAAGAGCUUGAUGUCACCACAAUGAAUUCUCAACAUGGGGAAGCUAUUGAUUUGAUCGAGGUGAUAGCAACAGCUAAAUCUCGGGGACAGGUUGAGAAGUGGCUCACAGAAUUGGAAGAAGUUAUGAAGAAAACUGUUCUGAAAUCGCUGCAGGGUGCAUACAGUGAUUACAAGAAAUGCAACAGAGAUUCUUGGAUUCUAAAGUGGCCAGAGCAGGCAGUGAUGAAUGUUUCAAAGAUCUUCUGGACACACACUGUGGAAAAAAAUCUGGGAAAGGAUCUAAUGACUUUGGUGGAAAAAUGGGUGGAUAGCAUUGAAAAAAUGUCUCAGUCUUUAAAAGAAGUGCCUGCAGAACGUCAUAGAUUUACUUUAAUUUCCAUGAUCAUCUCAUACAUUCACAGCAGAGACAUAAUAUCCAAUCUGCAGAAAGAGAAAAUUUCCAGUGCUAAAGAUUUUGAAUGGAUAUCUCAAAUGAGGUAUUACUGGACACAAGAUUUGUGUCUCAAGACACUAGAUACAACCCUACAUUAUGGACAUGAAUAUUUGGGAAACACCAUGAGACUCGUAAUUACUCCACAAACUGACCGAUGCUGGAGAUCAACUUUUGUAGCUCUCCAAUACAAUUUUGGAUGCAGUUUCGAAGGUCCAACGUCCAUGGGAAAAACAGAGACUGUCAAGGAUCUAGCAAGAGCUGUAGGGAAACAAUGUAUUAUCUUCAAUUGCUCCAGAAACCUUGAUUUUGUAACCUUUGGCAAGUUUUUCAAAGGACUUGCCUCAUGUGGUUCAUGGUGCUGCUUCAAGAACUUCAACAGUGUCGCAAUGAAGAUAAUCUCCGUGGUAUCUCAACAAAUCCUAACUUUGCAGCGUAGUAUUUCUGCUAAAUCUUCAACGGUAACUUUUGAAGGGACCCAACUUAAUCUCAAUCCCACUUGUGCAAUAUUUGCAACUCUUAUUCGACCCCAAAGGACAUCUACUGAUCUACCUGAUUCCAUGAAAGUCCUUUUCAGACCUAUUUCGUUCACUAAUCCUCAUAGUCGAAUGAUAAUUGAAGUGGAAUUAUACGCUUUUGGAUUCCGGGAGGGCAAAUCUCUCUCCACAAAAAUCAUAAAGCUCUUUGAAUUGUCGAAGGAAUUGUUAACAAAGGUUUCGCACUAUGACUUUGGCUUGAGAACCAUCAAGACAAUCCUAAAUGUGGUAAAAGAUAAGAAAAAAUCUCUUGGAGACUUCAAUGAAGACAAAUUAAUCCUAGACACUAUCAGAUUGGUAUGCAUUCCAAAAUUUAGAGAUGUGGAUUUGCAGAUUUUUGAAGAAAUUCUUGGUGAUCUGUUCCCUGGACAAGAAGCAACAUCUACUCUCUUAGAAUCCGAAGAAAAGAUGAAAGACAUCUUGGAGAAGGUCUUUGAGAAAAAUAACAAAGUUUUUACUGAGCAUUCCUUGGAGAAAAGUCUCCAGAUUUUAAGAAUGUUAGAUGUGGUUCCCGGAAUAGUUAUAACUGGGGGACCAUUUGGAGGGAAAACCACAAAAUAUCGGAUGUUAGCUGAAGCUUUAAGAACAUCUGAAAAUGAUGAGAUUAUCAACGACAAAUUGGAAUAUGUAGUGAUCAAUCCCAAAGCUAUAACCUUUGAUAAAUUCUAUGGGACAUUCGAUGUGCAGACUUUUGAAUGGUCAGAUGGAAUUUUCUCUCAUUACUAUCGAAAAUUCACAGGAUCUCGAUCAAACAACAUGAAAUGGAUAGUAUUUGAUGGACCCAUAGACACCUCUUGGAUGGACAAUCUGAACACUGUGCUAGACGACAACAGGAAACUCUGCCUAGUUUCUGGGGAGAUUAUUCAUUUCAAACCAUCAGUUCGAUUCAUCUUCGAGACUGAAGACCUCAAAGCAGCUUCUCCAGCUACAAUCUCUCGCUGUGGGAUUGUCUACCUAGAACCUGAGCAUCUUGGAUGGAAACCUCUGUUGACGGCAUGGGAAAACACUCUUCCAGAGACCCUCAAUUUAAAUCAGAAAAAUGAUAUACGUGAUCUCUUCAUGAGAUUCUGUCCCCUACUUCUUUGGUUUAUCCGUCAACCUGGUAUUCAUGAGAUGAUUCACACCCAGGAUGCCAAUAUUCUCGUCUCUGUAACAAAUCUUUUUGAUUGCUUCCUAAAAGAUUACGCAGAUAAGAAACAUGUCGAUAGUCUCUCAGAAUUUGAUAUUAGAGCUCAAAUGGAAGGGAUUUUCUUCUUUUCAUGUGUCUGGGCAAUUGGAGGAUCACUGGAUACAUCAAGUCGUGAGAAGUUUUCAAUUCUCUUUCGUGGACUGCUUGAGAAAAAAUUCCCACCAGAUCUAUAUGAAACUUUUGGUAUUCCAGAUGAUUUGAAAGUAGGAGACUUGGCUAGAGCCUACAUCUUUCCCAUUCCCAAGGCAGAGAGUGUCUUUGACUACAGGUAUAUAAAGGAGGGCAAGGGUAAGUGGAAGCUCUGGUCGGAUGAAAUAGCUCAAGCUCCUCCAAUUCCUCGAGAUAUGCCAGUCAAUCAAAUAAUCAUUAGCACGGCAGAAACCAUUAGGAUUUGGGCACUUUUGGAUCUUCUGACGAGUCACUCCAAACAAAUUCUCUUAGUUGGACAUACAGGAACGGGCAAGAGUGUUUAUACGUUGGAAUUUCUAAAUAAGAAACUCAAUGGAAAUCUCUUCAAGCACCAAUUUCUUUGCUUUUCUGACCUCACCACAGCCAGUCAAACCCAGGAGAUUAUCAUGUCAAAACUGGACAAGCGAAGAAAGGGAGUCUUUGGACCCCCACUUGGUAAGAAAUGCAUCAUCUUUAUUGAUGACCUGUCCAUGCCAAUUAAAGAAAAAUGUGGUGCUCAGCCGCCUAUUGAACUGUUACGAAUGUGGAUGGAUCAUCGGAUGUGGUAUGAUCAGACAGAAAAUGUACCAAUAAAACUUAUUGAUAUUCAACUCCUUUGCGCAAUGGGAUCAAGAGGAGUAGGAAAUAUAAUCACACCCAGAUUUACGAGGCACUUCAACACCAUUGCAAUUGAUAAUUUUGUUGAUGACACCCUAAAGGCUAUUUUUAGCAAGAUUGUCCUGUGGCACUUGGAUACUAGAGGAUUCUCUAAAGAAUUUGAUCCCUGUAUCGAAGAAAUUGUCCUGUCUACCCUGGAGAUAUACAAUAAAGUAAAAGUACGACUUUUACCAACUCCCAAGAGACCACACUACAUUUUCAAUCUCAGAGACUUCGCGAGGGUCGUGCAGGGAGUGCUACUGUCAGUCCCAGAAGCCAUUGAAGACCUCAGUGGUAUGAGGAGACUUUGGGUUCAUGAAGUUCUCAGAAUCUACGGUGAUCGUCUCGUAGACAUUGAAGAUAGAAAGUGGUUAUUCGACAGUUUAUGCGAAGUUACUGAAACGUGCUUGAAGACAACAGCUGCGGAACUUCUUCAGAGAUUCAGUGAAUUUGGUGAUACGCUUCAUGAGAACGACAUGAGAAAGUUAAUCUAUUGCGAUUUUACCAAUCCCAAAGCUGACACCAAAAACUACAUUGAAGUUCAGGAUAUUGAUGAGUUGACCAAUGUUGUAGAAGCCUAUCAAGUGGAAUUCAACAACAUGUCAAAGAAACCCAUGGAUCUAAUUCUCUUCCGUUUUGCUAUUGAGCAUCUCUCGAGAAUCUGUCGGAUUCUAAAGCAACCACGGAGUCAUGCCCUCCUUAUCGGAGUGGAUGGUUCAGGUAGACAGAGUCUCUCGCGCUUGGCAUCUCACAUAAUGGAUUAUGAACUUUUUCAAGUGGAAAUCACGAAAAAAUACGAUAAAGACGAAUGGAGGCUUGAUAUUAAAAAUAUUCUCAAACGAAUCUCUACAAAUGAAUUACAUGGGGUGUUUCUCGUAACAGACAAACAGAUAAAGGAAGAAUCUUUCCUAGAAGAGAUCAAUAAUCUUUUAAUCUGUGGCGAAGUACCCAAUAUCUUCUCGACUGAUGAUAAGGAGGAGCUCAUUGAAAGGAUGCGCCAAAUAGACAGUCAGAAAGAAAAGAGUCUUCAGACAGAUGGAACUCCUGUAGCUCUCUUUAACUACUUCGUCCGUGUGGUCAGAGAACAACUUCAUAUUGUUCUCUGUAUGUCUCCCGAAGGACCAACCCUACGCACUAGGAUCCGAAAAUUUCCAUCCGUGGUCAAUUGCUGUACAGUCAAUUGGUUUCAGGAGUGGCCAGAAGAUGCCUUGGUAUCUGUAGCUUCAAGAUAUCUUACAUCAAUUAUUCAAGAUGUUGCUAUUCGUACCAACUACAUUGAUACCUUCAUCUUCUUCCACAACAGCACAAAAUCGGUAUCUCAAGAAAUGUUUCUGCGUCUUCAACGUCGUAAUUAUAUUACCCCAAUUAUUUACAUAGAACUCAUUCAGAACUUCAAGACAAUGCUACAGAAUAAAAGGACUCGACUGACUGAUAAGCGCAAUAAGUACCUUGCAGGAAUUGAGCAAUUAACAAAUGCAGCAGAACAAAUAAAGAUUAUUCAGGAUCAACUUGAAGUGCUAGAACCAAAGCUCAAAACAACUUCGGAUAUUGUAGCUGAGCAGGCAGUUAAGGUACAGGCGGAAUUUGAGAGAUUGGUUAUUCAGAAGGAACAUAUUAAACGAGAUGAAGCAAUCACGGCAGAGAAAGCAAAUGCUGUAGCUAAGAUCAAGGAAGAAUGCAGUACUAGACUUGGAGAAGUACUUCCGGAUGUUGAAUCAGCUAUUGAUUCAUUAACUACUCUUACACCUGCGGAUAUCCUUAUCGUUAAAUCCAUGAAAAAUCCUCCAGCUGCAAUUAAGAUUGUCCUAGAAGGGAUUUGUAUUCUUCGUGACAUUAAACCUGAUAAAGUUCCCGGACAGAAUGAUGAUUAUUGGUCCCCAUCAAAGCGUCUCUUGGCUGAUCCUUCUUUCCUAGACAGUCUUAUCCAAUUUGAUAAGAACAGCGUAACUCCGCGAAUUAUGGAAGUUUUUCAGCAGAGACCUGUUUUGACCUUUGACAUGGAAAAAGUAAAGUCAGUUUCUAUGACCUGCGAAAUCCUCUUUAAGUGGGUCCUUGCUGUAGCUAACUACGGGAGAGUUCUUGAGAGCCUUGAACCCCGGAAGCAAGCUCUUAUUGAAGCAGAAGCCAUAUACAAUACCGCUAUAGAUUCCCUCAACAUUAAAUUGGAACAGUUAUCAUCGGCAGAAGUGAGUCUAGCUGAUCUACAAUCUCACCAUGAUGCUAAACAGGAGGAAUUUCGUCUACUUCAAAACGAAUUUGAGGCAUCUACGAAAAAACUACAGCGUGCCAAUGAAUUAAUCAACACUCUCGAAAGUGAGAAAGAUGGAUGGAAGGAUAUAGCAGAUAGACUAGAGGCUUCUUUCGAUAAGGUUACGGGAGAUAUAAUAAUUUCUUCUGGAAUAGUUUCCUACAUGGGUGCCUUUCCUGUUGAAUUUCGACAAAAACUCUUGAAGAUGUGGCUCGAAAAAAUUAAUGCACUGGACAUUGUACAUUCUGUUCCCUUCCAAGUAGACAAUACCCUCGAGGAUCCUGUCCAAAUAAGACAGUGGAACAUCUGUGGACUUCCCUCUGAGACUCAUCCAAUCGAAAAUGCCGUAAUUAUUAAAUAUUCAAAGAGGUGGCCUUUGAUGAUCGAUCCUCAAUUCCUGGCCAACAGCUGGAUUAAGAAUUUAGAAAAGGAAAAUAGACUGUGUGUAAUUCGUUUCCAUCAGCCUGACUAUAAUCGUGUCCUGGAAAAUUCCAUUCAAUUCGGACUUCCAGUUCUUAUUGAGAAUGUGGGUGAAGAAUUGGAUCCUAUGCUAGAGCCAAUUCUCAAAAAGCAGAUCUUCAAACAGGGCGGUGUCUAUUGCAUCAAAUUGGGCGAAAAUAUAAUUGAAUUCAAUGAAUCAUUCCGCCUAUUUAUCACCACAAAACUUUACAAUCCUACAAUUCCUCCAGAUGUGGCAGUAGAUGUUAAGAUAAUCAAUUUUGUUGUGACUCGAGAGGGUUUGAAUAAUCAAAUAGUUUCUGCUACAAUUGGUCGAGAACGUCCAGAUUUGGAGUCUGAACGUAAUCAGAUUGUCAUGCAGAGAGGUGAUACGGAGAAACAACUGAGAGAUAUUGAGGAGAAUAUCCUAGAAAUUCUGUCUACAGAAAAAGAAAUAUUGGAAAAUGACAAAGCUGUACAGAAUCUCAGUACAUCCAAAGGUCUCCUCAAUGAAGUUCAGGAAAAGCAUAGCGUAGCUAAGCAUACGGAGAAACAGUUGGAAGAUGGACGAGUGGUUUACAAUCAAAUUGCUGAUCAUUGUUCAACGUUAUUCUUCUCAAUAGAUCAUCUCAGCAAUAUCAAUCCCAUGUACCAGUUCAAUUUGAAAUGGUUUAUCAGCGUUUACCUCACUGCCAUUGAUAAUACUGAAAAGUUGGAUGAUAUCAAUGCCCGUCUUCAGGGACUUAAGAAAUACUUUACUAGAAGUUUCUUCUUCAGUGUCUGUCAGAGUAUUUUCCACAAGGACAAACUCGUCUUGGCACUAAUUCUCUCUUUUAACAUUCACAAUUUCGACAAAGAAGAAUGGAUGUUUCUUCUUACUGGAACAACAGCUGUGCCCUGUGAUUUUCCAGAAUCCCCAUCUGAUGCAUUGUCUCCAAGAACUUGGCGAGAAAUUUGCUAUCUAACCAAAUUUUCUCCUUUUAAAGAUAUCAUCGAACAUAUUUCUGAGAAUUUGAAUCAUUGGGAAGAAGUCCUGGAGUCAGAGAAUCCUCUUGAAAAAAUCCCAGAACCUUGGAAAACUGACUUGAGUGACUUCCACAAAUUGCUGGUUCUCCGGUGUCUCAGAAGGGAUAUCUUAAACCACAGUGUUACGGAUUUUGUAGCAAAAAACCUCGGGAAGGAUUUUAUUGAUCCUCCACUACCUACUCUGGAUUCCUGCUUUGAAAUUUCCAAUUCUUGUACACCCAUCGUCGCUAUUCUGGAACCAGGAUAUGACUUUACGGAAUCUCUUUUGAAAUUUGCUCAAAACAGAGGAAUUCCAGAUGACAAGGUGGUUCUUGUGACUCUGGGAAAAGCUCAGGGAGAAAUUGCUGCUCAGAUCAUUGAGGAGGGCAUGAAAUCCGGUAGUUGGGUAGUUCUUUUAAAUUGCCAUCUGGCAAACAAUUGGCUAACAACAUUAGAAGGUAUCUGUGACUCCUUCACCACAGAUACAACUCAUCCGGAUUUUCGACUCUGGUUGACAUCCCUACCAACGAAGAAUUUCCCACCAUCCUUACUUGCGAACAGUGUGAAAAUUACCAGGGAGCUCAGUGAUGGUCUCCUGAGGAAUCUCACUCAAAAAUUCAAAUACUAUUCACAAAAAGAAGAUCCAGAUGAUUUCCAAAGAAUCCUCUACAAACUCUGCUGCUUCCACAGCAUAAUCCUCGAAAGGAAGCACUUUCGAGAGAGUGGAUGGAAUGUUCAGUACGAUUUUAAUGAUCUGGAUUUAUUAGUAAGCGUAAGGAAUCUUCGGAAAUUUUUCUCAGGAACGGAUGAAGUAACCCUUAAAACCUUGUUUCACAUCAUUGAAUUCAGCAACUAUGGUGAACGGGUAUCUGAUCUAUGGGAUCAACGUUUACUCUCUAUCCUCUUCAAAUCCUUCGUUAUAAGUCAGAUUGAUGAAGAACAGAGAAUCAAAAAUACCUUUUCAAUCCCAGAAGAUACAAAUCAAGAAAAUUUUAUGCACUUUAUUGAUAAUUUAGCUAUUGAAAAUAUUCCUAAUGCUCUGGGAUUGCACAGAAAUGCUUCCAAUGUGAAAGAUGACGAAGAUACUAAAGAACUACUGGACACAAUACUUUCAAUUCAAGAUCGUCAGGAUUUAGUGCAACUCCAGAAGAAUAAUUUAUUGGAAGAUUUAGAAGAGAAAGUUCUCAAGACUUCUCAAGAGAUUCUCUCAAAAAUCCCCGAAAUAUUCAAUCUAACAGAAGUCAAGGCAAAAUAUCCCAAAUCAUACACAGAAUCUCUAAAUUUCCUGCUAUUCCAGGAACUGUCGCAGUACAAUCAAUUAAUCCAGUUCAUCAGGGAUCAGCUGAGAAAUGUGAUAAAGUGCAUCAAUGGUACUGCAAUUUUAACACCACAAAUGGAAGAUGCUAUUGACUCUAUAGCCAAAGGACAAGUGCCAGGAAAGUGGCUAAAAUUCUCCUAUCCAACCAGAAAACCUCUAGGAAGUUUCAUUGAAGACCUCCACCACAGAAUAACGUAUUUCCAGGUAUGGGAUUAUGAUAGAAUUUGCAGUGGCGGACUUAGGUUAAAGGGCAAUUGGGUCGACAAUGGCAUUCCAUCGUCAAUUUGGCUUCCGGGCUUCUACUCACCGAGAGCUUUUCUGUCAACCAUUCACUUAAACUUCACGCGGAAGCACAAAAUUCCCAUUGAUUCAAUUGAAUUUGACUUUUCAGUAGGAAUUGGGUCUCAAGAUAAAGAUGAGACUAGAAUCUUUGGACUGUUUCUGAGCGGAGCAAGAUUUGAUAGAGAUAAAAAUUGCCUCGAUGAACUGAAUCCUCAUCAGUUGCAUGAUCAACUGCCAGAGAUUGCAUGCAUUCCGAGAAAAAAUGGGAAGAAAGUGGAAAACACAUACCUCUGUCCAACGUAUGUUCUCCGAUGUGACCGCAAAGACAUGGAAGUAUCACAGAAUGGAAAUGGAUUUAUCAUGACAAUUCCACUGAAUAUCUCCAGCGAUUCUUCAGCAGAUCACUGGAUUCUUCGUGGAGUUUCAGCACUUUGUCAACUCAAUUAA